GUAAACAUGGCGGAUACAGAGCUCUGAGGUGUGUUUUUAAACGCUUUGAGUAAAAAAAAAAAUUCUUCUGAAGGCGUCCAGAGCUAACGCAUCGAAGAGGAAACAUGGCGGAGUCAGAAGUUCACUCGGGUCGAACUGUUUGUAUCUUAGACUGUCGCCCACAAAAUAAAGUGGCUUCUCAGAGGAUGUUUGAUAUCGGUAGCAUGAAGUACGAGCAGUUACUUAAGGCUGUGCGCAAGGAAUUUUCUAUGUCUGAAGAUGAAACUUUUGUCCUUACUACAACAGAUCGCCGGAAGAUAACUUCAGAUAUUUAUGAUGAACUACCAGAUGGUAAAACUUUGUACCUAUUAAAAUCUGUGGAUCAGGAGUUGAGUAUCGCAACCCAAGAGCGGAUCAAGUAUGUUCCCCAUUUUCACACCAUUGUGCAGUGUGGACAGUAUGAGUACUAUGCCAGCGAAGGACAGAAUGCACUACCCUACGCCAUUGCUGAGCUCAUUGACAAUGCACUUUCUGCCACAUCACGUAAUUCUGAAAUCAGAAGAAUCGACAUCAGUUUGUUUUUUGAUGAAUCUCAAGGUGGGCCGGCUGUUGUGGUGAUGGAUAACGGACGUGGAAUGACCUCAAAAGAGUUAAAUAACUGGGCUGUUUAUCGCCUUUCCAAAUUUAAUCGAGAUGAUCGCACUUUCCAAAGUGAUGAACCUGGCAGUGCAGUCUCCAAUCCAGUCCGACGCAGUCUGAACAGUGAUAUAUCCUACUUUGGUGUCGGAGGCAAACAGGCUGUUUUUUACAUAGGCCAGUCCGUACGGAUUAUUAGUAAGCCAGUGGGCUCUCCAGAUGUGCAUGAGUUUAUCAUGUCUAAGGAAGAUUUCGAGCAGAAGGAGAAAAACCAAGAGGAGAUUUAUUCUGGUAUAAUCCAGAAUAGAAAGCCUGGAGACGACUCUCACAUGAGGGUGGAUAAGGAGCAUUUCCUUCAGUCUUUGGUUCAAGAGGAGAAAAACAAGGAGAGUUUUACUACUGUAGUUAUAACAGGAGUACAUCCAGAACAUGUCAACUAUCUCAAGCAAGAUUUCAUAUCAUGGACCAGAGAACUGGCGCACAUUUAUCAUUAUUAUGUACAUGGUGCCUAUGGAAAUAAUAUGAGAAACCAAAGAAGUGAUAAUUCAGAUUUAAACAUUGAUAUCCAGGUCAGUCUGCUUGAUCGCGCCUCUCGCCCAGCAAGGCAACUUAAUCUAAGAGAGAUCGAUAAUGAUAUGCAAACUCUUUAUAUAAACUCCAGCGUGUCUGAGUUUGAGUUUAAAGCCAGCAAAGGGGCUGAUGCUACAGUAGAGGGAUUGCUUAGAUAUCAUCCAUUUCUGUAUGAUAGAGAAACUUAUCCUGAGGACCCAUACUCUGCAACGUCAGCUGUAGAGGAUGACGAGGACUGCAUUGUUUUACAUGCCGAGGGCAGAGGAAAAAGACCCAUCUUUGAGUGUUUUUGGAAUGGAAGAUUAAUUCCUUAUUCUUCAGUCAAUGAGUUUGAGUGGUGUACAAAACCCAAGAAAGAGGGAGCACUGCCAUUUGAAUGUUAUAACAGGAUUUCGGGCGUUCUUUUCACGAAUGACCAUUUUAAAGUUAGCACCAACAAACUGACCUUUAUAGAUCUGGAACUGCAGCUGUGUGACAAAGAAACCAUCUUCACAAAAGUUGUCAAUGGUCAGAAACAAAGAGUAAAUAUCAAAAAUGCAUUUUUGAAUUGGCUAAAAGAUUGCCAUGAACAACACGAUAAACAGGUAAAGUUCUUGGGUUUUAAAGGUGUGACAACUCGCACUGAUGUGCAAACUAAACGGCAGCAGUCACCGUGGGCUCAGUACGAAUCCAUCAAGUGGGGCAGCAAAACUUACAAGACUAGUCAACUGAUUAAGACUGUAAGGACAGUGCCUGUCCUGUACGGCUCUAUAAUUCAGUUUUUGCUGUACGGAGAUCAUGAACGUGAUGUCUUUGCCACAGGGGGAUAUGUCCAAAUAGCACUGGAACCUAAGGUGCUGUAUAAUGAGGAAAAGAUCAUCCCUAUAUCCAAGAUUGACAGACACGCUGCAGAUACUGACAUAAAGAGUUAUGUUGCAGCUGAACUGACCAAGCUUCCUGACAAAUUGAGGGUUACAUGGCCAGAAGGUGACUCAUGGCCUGAGAAAGCUGUUAGAACAGCUGGCACUUCGAUUGGUCCUAUAAAAGUUGAGAUUUUGAAUAAGAAAGGGGAGACAAUGUCCCGAUUACCAAUUGCCGGUAUAAAUGCCAAAAAAUUUCAGAUUGACCUUAAAGUUUGCAAACAAACUUCAAAUAGGGAAGAAAUAAUCACCUCUCACAAUGCUGCGCACUCCAAGUGGGAAUACUGGUUCAAGAAAAUGGAAAAUUUAACUAAGGUGGGAAAGUACACACUACAUCUACAAACUACUACACAUGAUGGUGAUCCCAAGUGGGCUGGAAAACCUCUGCCUCAUUAUACACUUCACUUCACUAUUAAAGAGGGCAGCCCAGUAUCCUUUAAUUUGGGUUUAGUUCCAUCCCCUGUAAAGUUGGGCGUGCCAGUUGCUCUUUCUUUGCAAUUUAAGGAUGAGUUUGACCAUCCUACUCAACCACCUCCUGACCUGAAGCCCCAGAUAGAGUGCAGUACGCUGGAACUGAGUUAUGAGAAGACAACUACAAGUGGAAAUAAUUUAACCAUUAAGGAUCUAAGAGCUCGGGGUAAAAUAAAGAAUCAUCUGGACAAGAUACACACUGUAAAGGUGGUUAUGCCAGGCCUCAAACAAGACUUCCAGACAUUCCAAAUGAGUGUGCUCCCAGGCCCCCCACAUCACUUGCUGGUCACGCCUGAGGAUAAAGUUAUCAUUGAGAAUGGAACAGCCGCAGGGUUCAGGGUAGAAGUUCAGGAUGAGUUCCAGAAUGUCACAACACACUCCAGGCUUAUUGUGCACUGCCAGUUGCUUGGAGCUCCUGGUUUGCCAGUUGAUACUGUGGACUGCAGCAAUACUGGCACUGGUCUGUUGCUGGCAAAGCCAAUACAACUGAAGAACGUCAGCACAGAGCAAAUCCUCACUGCAAAGUUUAACAUACCUAAUCAGAAGGCCGUACCAGUUGUAGAGAGAACUCUUCACAUCUUCCCGAGCACACGCAUCUUCCGUCUAGAGGUGUACAGAGAGGACGAAGAUUCCAAAGUUGUCUUGGUGCUUCAGAACAAGGAGCGCAUAAACUGGACGGCAGGUGACAAGCUCGGCGAUCUGAAAUUUAGAUUGUAUGACGAAGGGGACAGGAUGGUGCCUUUAACAGAAGACAUUGCCCAAAACAUAAAGGUGAACUGGGCUGUCGAUGUGAAAGCAGCAGAAUUGGCAAAAGGAAUACUGCCAUGUGUGUGUGUCCCUACAAAAGCCCAGGCAGAGCAAGUCUAUCAGGUGGCCUUUCAGGAUCAGUACACGGUUGACACAUCCUUCAUCAUAGUCCCACGGCCAGAUGAGCCUAAACAGUUGAAGGUGACUCUCAGUGAAAACGUUGUCCAAAUGGGAGAAACUCUGUCUAAAGAUAUUUAUAUUGAGGUGAUUGAUCAGUAUGGAAACAGAACAGACAGUCUAAAUGCAGACAGCAUGAAAGCUUUGAGUGUGUCUGCAGAUGACCUUGAUGAAUCAGCCAUAAAUGUUGACUGGCAGGUCACUACAGGGAGCUUAUUGGUGCGUGGCGUGCGCUUUGUGUCUGGUCGUCUUGGCUCAAGGGAACUGUGUUUUCAGUACCAGGACUUUAAAGAGUUUGUCAGAAUAAGUGUCACUGCUGGCCCACCAGCAAAUAUCACUCUACUGGAUGCUCCAGAAAUGCCCCUACAUGUGAUGAAUGGCAAAGAUUUGAACAUGCCAUUCCUUCUACAAUUAUGUGAUGAAUGGAAAAACCCUAUUCCAGAUCAGCGUGUCGUCAUAGUGAUGAAACCUCUCUCAGCAAAGCUCAAGGUUAAAUCUUCAGUAAUGUCCCGGCCUGUGGAUAAGGAAGGAAAAGCCAGAUUCAUCCUGGAAACAGUGACAGCGCAAAAAGGAGAGCAUGAGUUGGAGUUCUUUGGAAAGUUUAGUCGAAAUAUCAUUCCUGGUCCGGUUGUGAAGCUGAACGUUAUGCCUGAUCCCAGCACUCCUGCCAGUCUUAAAGUAGAGUACGAUACCGGAACCAUCUUAAGAGCUGGAGAUACGUUUCCAGUAUUUAAAGUGACUCUGCUCUCCGAAGAAGGCGAGCCUAUAAAGAAUCUAAGUCCGGCUGGCCUCUCCAUGCUGCUAUGGCCGGGUGUAGCUUCAGGAUCUUGCCCUCCAUCAGAGACAACUGCAUUAAAGUGUAGUAAACCCAAAGAUGAAGAAGAUGAUGGCCACUUUUACUUCAGAGAUAAAAGAAUUCCUGAAAGUGUUGGAAAGUACAUUAUGCAGUUUCUUUAUACUGAAGGAAUAACCAAGUCCCUCUGGAGCAGCCAGAUUGCUCUGAAUGUUGCUGCGAAUAAACCAGUGAAACUAGAACCUGAGACACCCCCUGCGACUCCUGUCGUCUUCAAUGGUAGCGACCCUGAAGGCCGCACACUUCUAAAACGGCUGUGCCUGAAGAUAAUGGACAAAUACAAUAACCCAGCUGGUCUGGGGAUUAAUGGGCAGGUCGUCUUGACUGUUGAGAAUAAGAUCAAGGCUGCAGAAGAUCUUCCUAUGUUUGAGAAUGCAGCCAACAGUCUGACAUACAACCUCAAUAAUGGAGAGGCUAUUAUCACUGAUUUGGUCCUGAUGGAGAACAGUCCAGGUUUAGAUGGAGCAGAGUACGUACUAGAGUUCAACCUAGUGCAUGAAGAACUUAAUACCACCAUCUCUCCUUUUACUUUACCCUUCAGGUUUUACAAUGAUGCAGAGAACCAAAAGGUUAUGGCUGUUAUGAGCAAGAAAAAGGAUCAACUCACUCACUCUAUUGAAAUUUACAAAGACAUUGUGAAGACCAACGAACAAAUCUUAAAUGAACUACAGGGUCAAAUGCUUGAUGCAUCUAGCAAACAAACUCAGCUCAGCUUAGAGCUCAGGAAAAAUGGCAUUGAUGAUUCAACAUUAACUGGUAUAUCAGCAGUUAAAACAUUAAUUGCUACGAAGAUUGCUGAUUUGGAGAGAAUAGAGAAUGAACCUCACCGAAAAUGUGCCAUACCUGAUCCGUUCAGAGGCAGGCCACAAGUUCUAGGAAAGGUAGCACAUUUGGCACAGGUAAAGGAUGAUGAUUCUGCAAAAGUUAUCUCCUGGCAUCUUCUUGGUGACAUGGACUGUGUAGUUACAGUGACAUUAGUUGCAGCGAAAAAAAUCUACGAUGACACACAAGGGCGUCAGCAAGUUCUGUCUUUGGAGACGCUUUUCUGGAAACCAAAUAACAGGCCACUGCCUCACAUCAGGAAUGGUCAGUGUUUGUUCCAGCCAGUAGGGGACCCUGUUUAUGCACGAGAUCUGCUAAUUUUUCCUGAGCAUGCUGAGAGCUGUAACAUGGUUUUCACAGUUCUUAUUGGAGACACCAUAUUGGUGAAUGAUUUGGAUUCCGCUAACCAUUACCGCAAGCAGGUUGUCCAAAAUAAAAUGCAGUGUCCUACCCUGCUGACACGACAGGGUGAUCGUAUCCGUAGCAACGGCAAGUUUGGGGGUCUGCAAAACAAGGCUCCUCCUAUAGAGAAGCUAAGAGGACAGGUGUUCAGCGCACCACUUCCUGAUGAAUAUCACACCAUUUACAAGCAGAAAGAAUUGCUGCAGCAGUACUUAGUAGCUAAACAGAAUGCAUCAGAGGUCCAGGCUGAAUAUAACACCCAAAAUGAGUACCUGCAGAGUCCUGGCAUGAAACAGAAGCGACAUGAACUCCGACAGCAAGAGGAUAAGCUCAAAGACAUUGAGAAACAAAUCGCCAGCACUCCUGUACGCCCCUCACCCGGUUCAGGAGUGAAAAGAAGUCCUCAAGACGAGUCACCUGAACCUCUUCCAGUAAAAAGGAUUCGGGAAUCCUAAAAGGCAUCAACUGUGACAAGCAAAAUCAUUUCUACAAAGUGCUGAUCAACUGCUGCAAAACUGAUCAAAAAACAUAUCAGUAGAUGAAUUAUUUGAAUGUAAAAUGUUUUUUUUAAUUAAUUACACUGUCCUUAUCAAGACUGCAGAAUUUCUCAGCUGUUUGUUUUUGAUACUUUAGGAAACUUUAGGAAAUAUUUAUAACUGCUUUAUUACUGCUUUUUUUAAAUGGAUUUUUUGCUACACACUUCUGUAACUGUUUCUGUUUAUUGUAAACAAAAAAGGGAGCUCAGGUUAUGGACCAUGUCCACAAUGUGUUUUGUAUAUUUUUUUCUCGGGGGUGGGUUUUAAAAUAUGUGUAUAUAAACAACAUAACUCUUGAUUUUCUUUAAAGUCUUUUUUUAGCAAUUAAAGCUUUCUGGCUUUUGGAAAAUGAACUGUAGAAGGUUCCUCAUGACGCUGCUUUUUCUUUUUUUGUUUAUGCAUUUUCUCCCCUUUUUUUCCCUUUUAGCGUGUCCAAUUGCCCAAUUGCGUCAUGCUUCCUCUCCACCAAUGCCAAUCCCUGCUCUGAUUGAGUAGAACAAAGCUAACCCACGCCCCCUCCGACACGUGGGAAGCAUGCCGUAUGCAUCUUAUCACCUACACUUUGACGAGUGCAGUGCAGCUCAGCACUGUGUACAGAGAGACACACCCUGAGAGCACUCUCUUCUCAUCUCUGUGCAGGCGCCAUCAAUCAGCCAGCAGAGGUCGUAAUUGCACCAGUCAUGGGAGAGAUACCCCAUAUCACCUCAGAUAUAGUCCCGCCCAUAUCUGAACAACAGGCCAAUCGUUGUUCAUGUGGCCCUUAGCCGGCAGGCAGAGCUGAGAUUCGAUACGAUGUAUUCGAGAUCCCAGCUCUGGUUCCAGCGUGUGUUUUUACUGCUGCGCCUCCUGAGCGGCCUCUGCUUUUUCUUUUUAACUCUGUUUAGAUCUGUGUGCUCAUUCGAUGAGUCAGUAGUUACUACAUGCCCUUGCAGUGAAGGCAGAACUGUGCCGGGCCUUAUGGUUUAUCUUUGCUAAUUAGGCAGCCACAGAUUAUUAAAAUUCUCCAGCUUUUUUAAAUUUGUUGCCACAUUUGUAGUAAAUGGCCUGUUAAAUCAGGCAGAUUUUCUGCCAUGUGUUCGUGUGCUGAUGUAUGGAGUAAGUAACUUUUUUAAUUUAAGCUUUUCUUUAGGUGUAUGAAAUCCAUGUGCGAUGGUACCCCAAAAGCCAGCAGACAUGUUGUGCUUUGUACUUUUAUAAGCAAUGUAAAAGACCUAAUUUGAAAAUAAAUUUAUUUCUGAUA